CCAUCAACCUCUACCUUUACUCCAUCCACAUAACAUCAAUCAAAGAUACAACUCUCGCUCAUACAUACUAUUACUCAACCUCUCUCUUUCUCUCGCGCUUCCCAAUUUUCCCUCGUUUUCUCACAAUCCAAACAAACACCCCAAUCAAUAUUAAAAUGGCCAAACUCCCCAUUGCACUUCUGAUCGUCUUAAUCAUCACCGUCCAAUCUAGUACUGCCUUAGUUCCCUACACGGGAUCGCUUUGGGACGCAAUGGUGAACAACAUUCCCUCCGAAGACCCUUUCAGAAUCCUCGAACACACACCGUUUUCCAUUCCUAAAGCUUCAGAGCCCUUGGCGUUGGCACGUGCGGACUGGAAGGAGACGGCGACUGAGCACGUGAUCGCGGUAGACGUUCCGGGGAUGAAGAAGGAGGACGUGAAGAUUGAGGUGGAGGAGAACAGAGUGCUGAGAGUCAGCGGCGAGAUGAAGGCGGAGGAGGAACGAGAGGGCGACAAGUGGCACCGGUCGGAAAGGAUCAGUGGAAAGUUCUGGAGACGGUUCCGGUUGCCGGAGAAUGCAGAUUUGGAUGCGAUCAAGGCGAAACUUGAGAAUGGAGUUUUGAAAGUUACAGUCCCCAAACUGGCCGAGGAGAAGAAGAAGAAGCAGUCCAAGGUUAUUGAUAUUGUUGAAACCAGGGAUGAGCUGUGAAGCAGCGUUAUCAGUUACAGACCAAAUUGGUGUGGCUUUUCAUCUGAAUAGUAUUACUAUUACAUGACUGCUUUAUAUAUUAAUAUGUGCUUGCGAAUUUCACUUAUAUGUACGAGUAUUAAACUCA